GUGAUUUUCGGUUUCAGUUACUGAAUGUGCGCGCUCUCGAUCACAUGGUGUGUGGUGCGUUGUGGAACGGGAUAAGGCUAUUGUUUUGGACUCCUCUCAACCGGUUCAGCGCUGGUGUGUGCCUUAUGCAGAGGUCGUAAGAAGACCCCGUCGAGUGGUUUAUGUGCAGCAACCGCAGCGGCAGCAGCAGUGACCAGCUGGUGCAGCGAUAACGAGGUAACCACGCGCCUUCCUUACGCCUCGGAGUAGUGCUGGUGGUACGACGCGUAAGGCGCUCUGUUUCGUGGUGGUGGUAGUGGUCGAGGUGCUUGCUGGUGACGAUACCCCGGUGGGUUCUGGCGGGCCCUUCUGGUUUAGGCAAUCAGUGAUCCGGCAGCGUGCGGGGUUAACAGUUCCGAAACCCCGGUCCAGCGAAACAGUUUCCGCUUUUCUCAGUCUGAAUUGUACUGCGAACGCAUCGUGUUGUCGUGACGGUUGGAUUGCGCAUGCGCAAUUGAUAAGGGCGUGAUAUGUUCAUUUUGGUUGCAAAAUAAACACAAACAAAUUCGUGCUCCUCAGUGAUAAAAAAAUAAACGAAAAGUAGCAUAGCUCAAUGCAACGAGAAGAGAUAAUUGAACGCGUGCGUUUUGUGAUAGCUCAGACCAAAGCUAAUCGUUGGUAAACAUAGUGAAUGAAUUGCAAAUUAACGAGUGUCUUCAAAUUGAAAGCAGAACAACCAGAACACAUAAUACAGCAACAAUCUGAAAAGGCAGCAUAACAAGUCGGCCGGGAGUGCUUAUCAGAUCAGUGUUAAUUGUUGGCCACACGACCGAUCACCUCGUCGGCGAGCAACGAUUUCUUCCACCGUUUGGGGCGUGAUAUGGUUUUCCUCCUGAAAAUUGAUAGUGAAAACAACUUGCCUUAGUUCGCUUUUUCACGGCUUUUUGGAUGAACUGGAUUCUUACCGUAGUGGAGCAGCAUCAUCCGUGGAUGAUCAAUCGUUAGACCAAUAUCGAUAAUGUGGUGAUAAUACGGUUAUAACGAGGAACACAAACACAACAGUGCGGCAGAGUGUGUGCAGUUGACUUUUUCCGGAGGAAAAAAAAAUAGGGAGGCACGGUCCCAUUUUCUGAAGUGCGAAUGGUCGAGUUGGGUGCCGUGACGUCCGGGUGUACAAUUGAGCCGUGAUAACGAGAUCGUUGAAAAAAAAUCGAUCCGGUGUUAAUCGAAUUUACUCUUUGGAAAAGUGUUAAUCGCACGCCAAGUGUGCCAGCAGCUGGAUGCCCAAGUGAGAAUUGGAGUGAUUUAGAUAAAAAGACGCGAACCAAUUGAGAAUACACCUCUGGUGUUUACUUCGGACGUGACAGAGAUACAGUUUGGACCGCGAUAAGGAGAUACAAUCAAGAUGAACCAGCAGUGCAAAGUGUGCGGAGAACCGGCGGCUGGUUUCCACUUUGGGGCGUUCACCUGCGAAGGAUGCAAGUCCUUCUUCGGCCGAUCGUACAAUAAUCUUUCAUCGAUAUCCGAGUGCAAGAACAACGGAGAAUGCAUCAUCAACAAGAAGAACCGCACGGCAUGCAAGGCUUGUCGGUUACGCAAGUGCUUGAUGGUAGGGAUGUCAAAGAGUGGCUCCCGGUACGGACGUCGCUCCAAUUGGUUCAAAAUCCACUGCCUGUUGCAAGAGCAGCAGCAAGCCGCUCAACAGCAGGCAGCUAAUCAUAAGGCCGGAGCUCCCCCAGUUCACGGGAUGUUUGGACCACCUGGUGCCUACCCCCAUGGAAUGUACUCGAGGCCGCCCUGCACCAAGGAAGAGCUAAUGCUUCUCGGGUUGGAAGAAUACAGCAAACAUCCAUCGGCAUCGCCAUCGGUCAGCUCCCCGGACAGCCACAACUCCGACAGCUCUAACGAAAUCAACGAUCGGCGGAACGCUUUACUCCGACAGGGCAAACUCCACGAUUCGCCCACAAUCAACAAGGAGCUCUUCCUACCGCUGCCUUUCGGAGGACUCCCGCUGAUGCCUCCACCGGGCUUCCUACCACCAUCGCAUCUGAUGUUCCCUGGCUUCCACCCAGCCUUAUAUCCCCACCAUCAAGGUCUGCUUAAACCAGCCGACUCACCGAUUCUCAGCAGCUCACCGCUUGCCAACAACAACAGCCGUUUCACACCAAAUCACAACACCAGCAGCGUGAACACCAACUCCACACCCGUGGAAACCAAAUCGCCCGACUCCUUCUCGAAGCGCUUCUACCUGGACGCCGUAUUGGAGUCCCAGCGGUGUCCGAGCAACGAAACGGCUGGCAGCGCCAAAGAGGAACCCGAACCGGAAGAAGUCGUCCCAGCCACUAUGACUCCUCCGCGAUCACCGGCCGCUGUGCCCGCAAGUUCCCAACAAGACAACCCCAUCGAUCUGAGCAUGAAAACCGGCAGCAGUUGUUCUUCGGAGGAUCACAGAACUUCCGUCUCCGGUGCCGACAGCGACGACGAACAGCUCGUGGUCGACACCAACGAUCGCAACUCACCGCUCGCCAAAUACACGAACAACAACUCCCUCCCGAACAACCACCACAAUAACCACGUCAACAACAGUCACCACCACAUCCACAAUCAUCACCAUCAUCAGGUGCGGCAUCAAAGUUCCUCCUCGGUCGGCCAUGGGAGCGCGAGCGAUUCCGACAUGGAAGAUCGAGAAACCGAGUACGAUCGGGAGGUUAAACGGAUGAAACUGCAAGGAACCACCCCGCUGGAUCUGACCACAAAAGUUUGAACAUGCAGUCCCGGAUGUUCUCCGCCAAGCCCACCAAAACCAUGUGAGCCGAAAUACGCUCACCGCUGUACAGACUCCUCCCAGAUGGAACGUGUUUUGAAACUGUUGUACAUAAUAGUGGAUAGCUGUAGUGUUAGAUAGUUGUUAAUACGAAGGAAGAGAGUGCCUCAUGACAAUCGAUGUAGGGCCAGUUGCGAACAAAAUCGAAUAACAUGUGCCAGUAGCGUUUUACCCUUUCGAGUUUAAAAAAAUAUAUAUUUUGCUUAUAUAUGAUGUAAAAUAAAAGAAAUAACUAUUCUGUGACAUUCCGAUGGCGCGUGACAGCGCCCGGUUAGGAUCUAAGAGUAUCUCAAUCAGUAAGGACAAUGUGGUCAGUAAGAAACCGAAUCGGUUCCAACUUCCGGCGACGAUCGGGUGGAUUCGAAAUAAACCAAAUUUAUCGUUUGUAACGAUAUCAGUUAAGGACAAUUAAAAUGAUCGACAGAAAGUGGUGGAUGGGAAUUGCGUAAAAUAUUGAAAGAGUGUUCAAUUUAGGAUAUUAUUUGAGUCGUUAGUUCUCAAAACUCUAUUAGACAAGGGGUUAAUCAAACUCAAUCAA